GCCCCCCUCGAAGGACCAGGAGAGGGAGAGGCACCCCCACCUGGCCGCCUCCUCGCCCUCGUCGCUCUUGGGCACCCCCAUGGCGGAAGGGGAGCGGCCCCCCGAAAAGAGGCCCCGGCGAGGCUUGUCCUCCGGCAGGGCCAGGAACCGGCCCCCCUCGGUGGUCUUCUUCAGCCAGGAGCCCCCCGCCCGCCUCGCCUGCCCCGUCUGCAGCCGGAUGGUGCCCAGGUACCACCUGAACCAGCACCUGGACCAGGGCUGCUUGGUGGACGCGAUGGUGGACCCAGGGGCGCACGCCGCCACGAUGCCAGGGACCCCCGGAGAGGCAGCCGGCAGCCCGGCCCUGGGCACGUCUCCCCCGAAGACCCCCCAGCCGCAGGCCAGCCCCCAUGUCCAGGGUGUCCAGGACGCCCCGGGCGGUGGCAUUGAUGGCCCUUCAGGGUCCCCGACGCGGGAGGAGCGCGCGCGCCCUCCCAGAAUGGACACCAUCCCUCUGGGGUCCUCCCCAGGGUCCCCCCGGGCCAAGGGGCGCGAGUGGAGGCGAGAGAGGUGCGUCCGCCUCGGCUCCCCGACGUCCCCGGCCCCCUGCGAGGCCCGUGCGCCUGGCACGGGGGACUGCGCCCCCAAGGACCGGUGCGCCCUGGCGCGCGACUCCCGGGGACCGCCGCAAACGGGGGACCCCGGCUCUCCGGCCAGGAGUGCAGGAGACCCCGAGGAGGCGCCCGGGGUUCUCUCCGAAGAGUCAAGGCUCGGGACUGCGCCGGAGCUGGACGGGGCUGAAGACGGGCAAGCCGUGCCAGGCUUGGGCACUGGGGCCGCGCGCUCCGAAGCAGUUUGGACACCUCUGGAAGCGGGGCCCCGUGUUCCAGGCCGGGUCGUGUCCACACAGGGCCCUGGCCCAGGAUGUCCAGAGUGUCCUGGCCCGGGGUGCCCAGGCGAGCCUGACCCUGACCCUGGCCCUGGCCCCGGCCCUUUGGAGCGGGUCACCGGGGAUGCGGGUCCGGACCAGCCCUAUUACCUCCGGAGCUUCGUCCUGGUGCUGAGAGCCGUGUUCGAGCACGCCGAGGACCGGUCGCUGUUCUCCGAGGAGGAGCAGGCCCUGGUGACCAACUUCCAUCGACUCUCAGAGAACGGGCAGAAGCUGUACGUGCGGCUCUUCCAGCGGAAGUGGGGCUGGCUGAAGGCGAGGAAGCUGGAAUACGGGGAGAUCGCCCCCAACCUGAGCCCUGUCAUUGGGGAGUUGGAGCAAGCUGGUCUGGUGCAGACAGAAUCGGAGCUGCAAGAACUCUCGGAAGUACUGGAGCUCCUCUCACUCCCAGAGCUGAGGACCUUGGCCAAAUCCUUCCGUCUAGCGCGCCUCGGUGGGCAGAAGGAGCAGCUGGUGGCCGCAGUCCUCCAACUGGCCAAACAGCCCACUAUCUGCGCCUGGGACAAGAGCCGGCCGGGGCUGGGCGCCAUCAUCCUCAAAAGGGCUAAGGAAUUGGCAGGAGCAUCCCUGCGAGUGUGUUGGGACCCCCGGGCUGUGUUCGCCCGUGUCCUGCUGCUCUUCUCACCGGCCGACUUCCUGGAGGAUGAGGAGGCAGCUUGUGGCGGCCAGGGACAGUUGUCGACUGUGCAGCUGGUCAGCCUAGGCCGCGUGGCCUUCCCCACCUACACGGUUAGCAGGACUGCGCGCAUCUUCCAGGACAGAGACGACCUGGUGCGGUAUUCCGAGGCCUUGCACAUGCUGAGUGACAUCUGUGGCGCCAUGACUGCGGGGAACUGGGAUGCUGCGCUCGAGCUGUCCCAGCGUGCCAAGGAGGACUGGGCUGCCCUGAAGGACCACCCGACUCUCAGAGCCCACGCACAACUGCCACCCUUCCUGCGCUGCUGCACCGUGGGCUGGGUCUACACCCGCAUCGCGUCUCGCCGUGUGGAGAUCCUGCAACGCCACCGCCUGUAUGAGGAAGCGGCGCGGGAGCUGCGGAGCCUCCUGGCCCAGGCGCUGUACUGCCCGGGCAGCCGCGGCCGCUGGUGGGACCGCCUGGCCCUCAACCUGCACCAGCACCUGAGGCGCCCCGAGCAGGCUGUGGAGUGCAUCACGGCAGGGCUGGCCGACCCGGCAGUCCAGAUUGGCCACCGCCUGGCACUCUGGCAGCGGGCUGCACGCAUCAAGUCCUCUCCCAGCGGCCGCAAAUUCCAGCAGCAGCUCGGGCAGCUCCAGGCAGUCAUGGUGCAGGACGUCAGACACGUGACCAUCACCGGCCGUCUAUGCCCACAGCACGGGGUGGCCAAGUCAGUGUUCGUGAUGGAGAUGGGGGACGUGGCUGCCCCCACCACGGCCUUGUGCUCGGUGGAGGAGCUGGCUCUCGCCUUCUACCGGCAGUGUGGCUUUGACCAGGGUAUCCACGGGGAAGGCUCCACCUUCUGCACGCUCUUCGGCCUCCUGCUGUGGGAUGAGAUCUUCAUGGAUGGGAUCCCUGACGUCUUCCGCAACCCCUACCAGGACGCCCCUCUGGACUUGUGCACCAACAGCUUCUUCGCCAGCAGGGCCGAGGCCCUGGAGGCCCGCCUGGAGCAGCUGCGACUCGCCCCGGCUGAGAGGCUGCAGGCCUGGGUGGCGGCCACGUGGGAGGCCCAGGAGGGCAAGGCGGCCUCUGUGGUCACCUGGGAGCGCUUCACGUCCCUGCAGCAGGCACAGGAUCUGGUCUCCUGCCUGGGGGGCCCGGUGCUGAGCGGCAUUUGUCGGCGCCUGGCCCUGGACUUCAAGCACUAUCGCGGGGGGCUCCCGGACCUGGUGGUGUGGAGCUCCAGAGAGCGUCGCUGCAAGCUGGUGGAGGUCAAAGGCCCCAGUGACCGCCUGUCCCCAAAGCAGAUGAUCUGGCUGGACGAGCUGCAGAAACUGGGCGCGGAUGUCGAGGUCUGCCACGUGGCUGCUGUGGGGGCCAAGAGCCUCAGGGUGCCAAGCUGAGCUUGAGCGGGAGGUGACCCCUUCCCCCCAUCUUACCGAGCCAGGGUCUUAAUAAAGCAAUCUUUUUGCAC